AUGGCUGAGGGUUUUGAAGCCUACCAUGUGCCACAACAAAGCAGAAGAGAUAAGCUUAGAGUUGUGGUGACACAGAACCAACAUGGUCUCGUUGAACCCUCGACUUUACUUCCGUUGUACGACCCUUCUUCGUUCAUCUCUUCUGAUUUGUUAACGACCUUCCACAACAGCCAAAAACACAACUUGGGUUGUGGUGUGAAGGAAGAACGUGCGAAUUUAAUGAUGGGUUUUGCAGGAGGAGGAGGAGGAGGAGGAGGUGGUGGAGGAGUCAUGAACAAUGCCUCUUCUUCUUCUUCGUGUUGUUCUUCUAACUCCUCUUCGGUUUCUUACUUGGAUCCUGAAUCUUCUUUGCCUUUGAACCAAGCUACAAUUCAGGUUAUUAACAAUAGCAGCAACAACAACAACAUGUUUCUCUACCAAGCACAGAACCUGGGAGAGUUUGAUCAGGGUUAUAAUAAUAGUGGUAGUGAGAUCAUGGUGUUCAAGCCCGAGCCUUUGUCUUUGUCUCUGUCAUCACACAACAACGGUGUGAACCUUCAGCGAUAUGGAUCUGUGGUUUAUGGUGAUAAGGUUGGUGGGGUUGGUGGUGGUGGAUGUGUGGUUUAUGGUGGUUCUGGUUUGAAUGAAGUUUCGAGGUGCACAGUGCCAAUGGGGCCAUUUACUGGUUAUGCUUCCAUAUUGAAGGGAUCGAGGUUCCUGAAGCCUGCGCAGCAAUUAUUGGAAGAGUUAUGUGAUGUUGGUGGAGUUUGUGCGGAGAAGAUGGUAGCUGAUGCAUCGUUGAUGGAACCUAUUCCUCUCCCUCCGCCUGAGAGUUCAAGCGAAGAUCUACUAGGGGAUCACGGGGGUGACCAGGGUCGCAAAAAGUCAAGACUGUUAACUAUGCUUGAUGAGGUGUACAGGAGGUACAGGCAAUACUAUCAGCAGAUGCACGCGGUGGUAACAUCAUUUGAGUAUGUUUCAGGACUUAGCAAUGCAGCUCCCUAUGCAAGUUUGGCUUUAAAAGCCAUGUCCAAACAUUUUAAAUGCUUGAAGAAUGCAAUUACUGACCAGCUUCAGUUUGCCAAUAAAGCUCAUUUUCAUAUCAGCAACAGGAAGGAUGAAUCUCCAAGGUUUGGCAACAGUGAUAGAGGCCCUUACGGCCAAAGGCCAGGGUUUCUUGAGCACCAACCUGUUUGGCGGCCUCAAAGAGGACUCCCCGAGCGGGCAGUGACGGUUCUCAGAGCAUGGUUGUUUGAGCACUUUCUGCACCCUUAUCCGACUGAUACCGACAAGCUAAUGUUGGCCAAACAAACUGGUCUAUCUCGUAGCCAGGUGUCUAAUUGGUUCAUUAAUGCAAGAGUAAGGCUCUGGAAACCAAUGGUGGAAGAAAUACAUAUGCUAGAAACACGGCAAGCCCAAAAGAAUUCACAGAAGGAAGAACAUUGCAGGAACAAAUCAAGUGAUCAAUUACCUUCUGACAACUCCAUUGUUUCUGAGAAUCCAUCAGCAUCAACAGAAAAGUUUCAGGAUAAUCCUUACAAGCGUGCUACAGACGAACUUCCUAACAUACCAAUUAGGACACAAGAGCAGCUGAAUCUUCCCUGCACAAGCAAUCAGCCAGGGGGUGUUGGAGUGAGCAUGGGUGGCAGUGGAAGCAAUAGUGUGUCACUCACACUAGGCCUUUAUCAAAAUCAUGGUAUCGGGUUGGCUGAACCUUUUCCCUUGAAUGCAGCACAGAGGUUUGGUGUUGCUCUUGAAACCAACAAUGAAGGCUAUGUCAUGAGUGGAUAUGAGUCACAGAAUAGGCAUUUUGGAAGAGAUGUCAUUGGAGGACAACUGUUGCAUGACUUUGUAGGCUGA